GAUACCUCGAACGAAUCCCGCAAGAAACCUCGCCGACUGAAGCGAACAUGCUCGUAAUAAUCCAACAUCGGAGGCAUCCUUGCUGGAGGAUGCUGCUUGCUCUUGUCCUUUUGUUCGGCCUCGUCAGACAUUGCGAACCAAUGUCCGCAAAGAGACUAACAGACUCGUCCCCCUCGUCAUCGCCCUCGUUAGCAAGAAAUUCCGCCGAAUCGAGAUCGCAGAACCUUGGCUCACCGAGCGAUCUAGCCUGGCAAGCUUGGCUACUCCUCGACUCUCAAACUGGAGCACACUCCAGCUUAGACUCCGCCAGUUUCCUUCGACGAAUCACACCGAAAAGCGUGUUCAUAGCGCCGGCGUUACCAGCACUGCCACCGUGUGCAGACGGUUACCGAGCCGACGCGAUGGGCAGGUGCGUGAAAAGCGUCAACAUCGAUCACGAGGCCCAUCUUGGCUUCCUUCUACAACGGCUCAACAAUCGAUACGGCAACCGAGGUAGCAGUUCCGAUUCGUCCUCGUCUAGCAGCAAUCAAAAGAAGUCCAGUGGCCCGCUGCAAUUGAACAUUCCUCUGCUCUCCGAACCGGACACGAAAUCGUCUCAAGUAGAUCACGAGGAGACCAGAGACUCCAUCAAAAUCCCAGUCGUGGUUCCUCCUCGAGAAGGGAUCGGUUUGAAGGAGAAAUCGCCGUUAGAAGCUCUAGUUACGAUUUAUCAAACGAAGAACCACAGCAAGCCGGAGAAAGACGUGCCUAGUUUUUUUCUCAGAAACCCCAACAACGCUUCUUCGAGCAAGGACGAUCCAAGCACCACGUCGAGGCUCGACGCGGUGGUCCCUGUAGCAGAGUUCGUCGACGACACCAACGACACAAGCUUCGCCGACGUGGUCGACUACAAGAUUCCCAUCGAUCUGAGAACUCUGCUGAACAUGACGAACGUGAGAACGGUGAACGCCAGCGACGAGCGAGACGUCUGGAGAAACGGAUCUCAGUUCUUGAACUCGACCGAGGCGUCUCCGAUGUUGAUCCUUCUCUCGUCGACGGUCACGUCGCCAAAUUCGAUAGGUCCCGACGCGGAGAAUCUAGCCAACGGUACGAGCCAUCGCGCGAUCGUUCGGGAGAGCAACGCGACGAGGAACGUGGCCGAUAAAGAAACUAUCGGUGCAAACGUUCCAGAAUCUACAUCCCCGGACAGAGUCUUCGAUGUACCACCGAUCGUGGUAGAGAAAAUGGAGGGCAACGAGACGCGCGAUGGCAACUCGACCGAAAUUCCAAGUUCCGGCACUCGAGAGUCGCAGGAGAUCGAAUCUUCCUACGACGACGAGAUGGAAAUGGACGAUUACGCGGAGAGUACGGAUUUGCCGGACGAAGAAUCGUCCGAGGCUGAGGGUGGCGAGAUUUUGAAGCACGGAGAGGCUGGAAUGGCGAUACCUAUCAAGGAUUUCGAACGCUUGCAUCUGGAGAAGCAUCAACAGCAAGCGGAACGACACAACGAGAUGGAGAGGAACGAAACGUCCAAGGUCAAUCUCUUCGACGAGGUUUCGAUCCGUUUCAACGAUUCCACGAGUCUGGAGAGAGAGGAGAAGGACGACGUUGGCAGCAACGUGUCGAGCGAAGUUAGCAUUAACGGCGAUAUCAUCUUGGAAACUACUCUUCUGGACGUGACCACGGACAAGAUUCGAAAUAACACCAGACUACCUGACAACAAUCACACCAGCAGCGUCGAAGACAGCGACGACGAUUUGAAAGAACUGUUCGAGUCGGAGAAAAUCUCCAGUUCAGAGCCAGAAGUAUUGUUCUCUUCUCAGAACGUUCACGGUACAGUGUCCACCAGCCUGUACGGGCGAAUACGAACGGAACCAGAGAAAACCGAAUCGGAAUCUCUGAUGGACACUACGAGCGACGAGCUAGAAGCUGCGCCCUCGUCGUCCGAAUCCCUUCUGUACGAACCUGGCUCCAGGGAGCAGUACGCCGAGGAAGAUCCCAUCACCGAGAUCCACACCAUCGACGAGCAAUCAGGCAACAGUAAAGAAGGUCUUUUCCCAAAAAAGUCCAAAGGUUCAAAUUCAUUCCGAAUGUUCGAACCAGAGACACUGAAUUUCAGGCCCACCCAGGAUUACAACAGGCAUCCCGCUUACUCGAGGCAACCGGUGAGAUUCCCAUCGGAGGAAGUCAACAGUAUACACAGCCAAGACUACAAGGAGAGAAUCCCCUAUCCCCUGGAUGACGGACUACAUUCCAGCACGAAAAGCAGCGUGUUCGCCCAUCAGAAGCCCUUCCAUCGAGGUGUGUCACUAUGGAGGCCGUCGUCGUCUCGACAGCAGCAACAGCAACAGGCGACCAGUCAACAGGUGGAGACGACGGCAACUAGCCAGAGGCAGAAGCAAUCGCCGAUCUCGAUCUCGUUCUGGACGGCGAUGCCACUGAUGAGGGAUCCUAGUCUUUAUUCGACAGAUCACAACUCCCAUGGCAAAAUGACCAACGGCCAGCAACAGCAACCGUACACGAGCAAUAGAUUCCCUCAGGUGUCGCCAUCCUGA